UAAAAACAAAAAAUCUAGAAUGGAAUGUUACAGGUGAAGAAUGUGACUGUCCCUUUGAAGGGAAUAUGAAGCAUUAUGUCGUCAGUUCUACUGAAACUAUGAGAGGUGAUUGUGUUAUUUGCACUUCAAAGACUGCAUUGCCUCAGUUUCUUUACAUCCUGAGGAGGAGGAUCAUUCUGCUCACAAGAGGAACAAACCAGUUUCCUGUUUCCAAAUACAAGCUAAAGGACUGAUACUAUGCUGAUAAUGCCUUGUGUUUGUAUUGGCAUAUUACUGUUGCCAUGGUUUCCAUGUACUUGGGGGAAGUGCAUCUUUGACCAAGUUCAGAAAUCAAUCAAAGUUGUGUCCCCGCCCACUGGUCAAUACGCCUCUGCUCAUUGGCCCUUGGGUGAAGCCGCAAUCAACGUACCUGUUACUGCAUCAGAGGAGAAUCCAGCACCUAAACCUCAAAGAUCUAAAAGAGCUGAGAGACAUGUAGAAUCCAUGGCGGUUCCACAACCAAUUAGGAUCAAGAUCUGGAUACCCUCAGAAAGCCCCGCCCUCUCUGACUGGGAGAGAGAGAGACUAAUGACCGCAGUUGAUGAGGCUGUGAAUGAAGUUUCCAGUUUACUGUCUGUGAGACGAGUUCCAGAUAAUCUGUUGCUGAACAGAGACAUAAACAAAUACUGCAAAUUCAUCUGGAGAAACAGUAGCACUGUUAACCACAUGAAAUGUGGCAGAGCCAAAGAGAACUACAGAUUCGAGAGCUGCUUCGGCGUGAAUAUCCCAGAUGAGCACCUAGAUGGCUGUGCUGUUUAUCCACAUCCUGAGCAUCCAGUCCCGACAGUGCUGAAGCCAGAGGGGAUGGGAGUUCCUGACACUGACUUCCUGCUCUAUGUGUUUGCUCACAGCACAGAUAAAUGCCGAGCAGAGUCUAGUUUACUGGCUUAUGCUGCUCACUGUCAGGCAGAUCCAGAGGGGCGUCCUCUGGCUGGGACUAUGGUCAUCUGUAGAGAGCCGCUAAAUAUGGAAAGAUACACACAUGAACACUAUGUGCAGACAGUGAUCCAUGAGCUUUUCCAUGUAUUGGGCUUCAGCAAAGAUCUCCUCAGCCAAAGGAAGGAUUGUUCUCUCUCCUCUCAGGCUGGUGUAGACUGCUGGUCUCAUGGUCAGGUGAUUAGCACAGACGAGAUGGGGCAGGCUAGACUCUAUUCUCCUACUGUGAUCAGAGCAAUGCAGAAACAUCUCAUCUCUACCCACACUGACCUUGGAGCUCCAUUAGAGAACAAGGAUGUUGGUUCAGACGGUCUCUCAUCACACUGGGAGGCCCGUGUGCUUCAGGGCUCCAUUAUGGCAGCUUUACUGGUGGAGCCGUCUUUAAUUCGCAUCGAUCACAUCACACUCGCUGCCCUCCAGGAUACAGGCUGGUAUUCAGUGAACUUUAGCCAAGCUCAAAGCCUGGUGUGGGGAGAGGGUGAAGGCAGUCAGUUUGGGUCCCUCUCUACCUGUCACAAUUCUUCAACUUUCUUUUGCACAGACGGUGCAUUGGGUUGUCACUACCUUCACUUACACAAGGGGAAGUGUCUCACUGAUCCAUACCUGGAUGGCUGCCACAUUUUCAAACCCCUGGCAAAUGCUAGUGAGUGCUGGAACAAGGAGAAUGAGAGGAGUGGAAUGAAUGAAGGAAGUGGAGAGAUAUAUGGCUCAGACAGCCGCUGUUUCAUAUCCAACCUCACCAGACCGAAUCAUUCAUCCUCCCAUGCAUCAGUGGCAGGUCAUUGUUACAGACACAGAUGCACUGGAAGAAACAAAUAUCAAAUUCAAGUAAGGGAUUCUGAUUGGCUGGAUUGCCCAGCAGGAAAGAGUGUUGAGGUGUCUGGCUAUCAGGGUUUAGUUUUCUGCCCAGACAACAGAUUAUGUAAAUAUUCUGAUUUAGCUCCUCCUACAUCAAGGCAAAAGGCAGAUAACCUUCUUAACGUUGGUGCAUCCAUUGAAAGUGAUCAUGAUGUGAAAGAGAAAGAUGCCACUCCUCAGCCCAGCCUCAUGCUUCUCUCCUCAGUCAUAGUUUCUAAGGAAGAGAUCAUUGUGGCAGCAGUGCUGAGCAUCAUGGCUGCUUUCUCUCUACUGUCUUCUGCAGUGCUCAUCUACAGGAAGUGUUCAUCAGCCAGGGUCAGAGUACAUGCUGCCAAUGAGCCUCCAUACAGGUCGCCGUUGUCACCCACCCAGUGCAUCAGUAGGAACUGAUGGUAGAAUCACCAUGGACAAUAAGAUUCAGGAAGGCUAAACCAUUUUUUAAUGGCAGCUCAAAACAAAACAAAACAAAAAAUUAACUGAAACAUUUAUAUAUGGUUAAUACUCAUGCUUUAUAGUAAAGGUUUAAAAAAAUAUUGAAUGAAACAUUUUGUGGAGACAAUUAAUACAUAAAAUAUUUUUAUGACGAA